AUGUCUCCAAUAGAAAACUUGACACUUACAUGUGAGAAAGAUGAGCCUUUCUCUGAGGGAGAUACAGUCACAGGCACAGUGUCUUUUACUCUCACGAAAGACACCAAAGUUAAGAGUGUUUCCUUACAAGCUAAAGGGAAAGCAGAUGUUAAGUGGAAACAAGGUAAUACCCACUACCAUGGAUACAGGGGAUACUUUAAAGAUAAAGAGUACUUGGUGGCCAAAAACCCCAAAGUUUGGAGUAUGCCAUCAUCCUUUAAAGAAAACAGCCAAAGUAUCGUCUACAUGCUUAAAGCCAAGAUAACAAGGAAAUGGCACUGGUCAUCAUCCGUGCAAAAAGAAAUCGAUUUUGUUUCAAGAUCCAUUCUAAACAUCAGUCGGAUAAUGUGUCCUCAGUCUGGAUCAGUAACUAAAAAGGUUUCCAAAGGAGAGGUCCAGAUGUCUGCAUCUGUUAACAGAAAGGUUUGCUCCCCAGGUGACACUUUGUCUGCUUUUGCCAAAAUCUGCAACUCCUCGUCCAAAUCAAUGAGACCCAAGUUCACUUUGCAGCAGAAAAUCGAGUACCAUGUUAAAAAAUCCACCAAAACCAAACUGAAAACUUUGUUCAAAAGUGUUGGGGACACCAUUGAACCAAACACUGAAGUAACAGCAUCCUGCAAGAUGGAGAUUCCUACUUCUACCAUCUACACCAUUAAUAACUGUGAUAUUAUCUCAGUUGAAUACUACUUUAAAGUGUAUUUGGACAUUAGCUUCGCCUUUGACCCAGAGGUAGUGUUUCCCCUGAUCGUCAUUCCUUCUAGUGCAUCUCAUCCUUGUGAGGAGGUGGAGCCUUGCCCAUCUUGUGCUUUCGGGGGCCUCAGGUUACAGUAA